CUGAUGCCUACAGAGUGAGCUCAACUCCGAGCUUUGCAGCUUCCACAGGAGCGCCGGGAGGAGCCGCAUUCCCGCUCCUUCUCCUGGGAAACUUCGCCAUGCGCCUGGAAGAGCUCAGGAGGCUCCAGCACACCUUGGAACAGGUCAAUGAUGGCAAAGACUCGCUCCAAAGCCAUCAGCUCGCCAUGGAUGAAGAAAACAAUAUCCAGAAAUAUCCCCUCAAUCUCCAGCCCUUGGAAUCCAAAGUGAAAAUCAUCCAGCGAGCAUGGCGGGAGCACCUGCAGCGCCACGAUUUAUCCCCACCCCGAGAGCUGCUGGACAAGCACAGCCCAGUGUCCCCAGUGUCCCCAACAUCCCCGGUGUCCCCAGUGUCCCCAGCGUCCCUGUCCUCGGGCAAGAUGAGCCGCUCCGUCAGCAUGAACACCUUCUCCGACAGCGGCACCCCU